GUUAUCUCAGUGCUCUUCACACAGUCAGGUGAACACUCGGGACAUGUUGCGCGUGUUCCUACGCUCUCUGACUCUGCGAGCUCCUAUGUGAGUCUGUGUGGAAUGUUCUGGUAGUUUUCUUCACUUGACACGGACAUGGAGCAUCUGGACGUGGAGGCUCUGAACUUCACGGUGGAGGCUGUGACGGGGCAGCCUCUGUGUGAGGAGUGGCGGGAGUCCGCGGAGGGCUCCGUGUUCCACCUCGCCAACAUCCUCCUCUUCCUUGGCUUCAUGGGUGGCAGUGGUUUCUACGGCCUCCUCUACCUCUUCACCUUCCUCACUCUGGGCUUCUUCUGCUCCACCCUAUGGGCCUGGGGGGACCCGUGUACCACGGACUCUUUCCUGUGGAGCUUUGCCCUGUUCGGGGUGUGUCUGGGACAGUUGCUGCAUGUCUCCUACCGCCUGAGGAGCGUGUCCCUCAGUGAGGACUUCCAGGAGCUCUACAACUGCAUGUUCAAGAAGCUGGGGGUGUCGCUCACACACUUCGGGAAGAUAGUGACCUGCUGUGAGGGGGACAUCCACACCUUAGAGAGGGACCAGUGCUUCGCCGUGGAGGGGAAGACCGCCAUAGACAAGCUGUCAGUGCUGCUGUCCGGCAGAAUCCGUGUGACGGUUAACGGGGAGUUCCUGCAUUACAUCUACCCCUUCCAGUUCCUGGAUUCACCUGAGUGGGACUCUCUCCGACCUUCAGAGGAGGGGGUAUUCCAGGUGACGCUGCGUGCCGAUAACCCCUGCAGAUAUGUGGCGUGGAGGAGGAAGAAACUCUAUCUGCUCUUUGCCAAACAUCGCUACAUAGCUAAGAUCUUUGCCCUGGUGGUGCGCAACGAUAUCACAGACAAGCUGUACUCUCUCAACGACAAGGCUUUCGACAACUCCGGGCACCGCUACGACCUGCGCUUACCCAGUUACUGUCACAUGCCUGGGACCGAAUUAGAAAAGGCAGAUGUCUUCCUGCAAGUGCCGCUGCAGGGGCCAAGGACUGCCUAA